CUGUAGCCGAUUGAAUGAAAGUUGAUUUGAUUGUACAAUUAUAAUGUAUGUAUCUUAAGGCAGUUUAUGGUUGCUUAAAGUGAAACCAAGCCUUUCUGUGAUACUUACAAUGGGUGUAUUAAAGCCUGUGUUAGUGGCGGUGGUGGCUGUGUUUGUGUACACGCGUGUGAUUCAAUACAAGGGAGAUAACUUGCCGGUGAACUUCGGAGGAACCUGUGAUGAGGACUUUCAAGGUGUGGUGGACGUGUUCAGGCGUAACGUUGAGAGCGGAAAGGAACCCGGCGGUGCAUUCGCGGUUUACUACCAGGGUCGCCCGGUGAUUGACGUAUGGGGCGGGUACGCUGACCCACAGAGUUACCGACCAUGGGAGGAAAACACGACCACAGUUGUCUUUUCCUGUUCCAAGGGAAUGGCUGCUAUAUUGAUGGCGAAAAUGGUUGAAGAAGGCCUGCUGGACUACUCACGCCUGGUGUCGGACUACUGGCCGGAGUUUGGACAGAAUGGCAAGGAGAACGUCACUGUCGAGAUGCUGAUCAGCCACCAGGCGGGGGUUCCGUUCCUGGAUACGCCCCUCUCUCUACGCGAGUGCAAGAUUAACAAGGAGAAAUGUGCUCAAGUCCUCGCCCAGCAGAAACCGGCAUGGCCGCCAGGCACGGCGUUCGGGUACCACGCGUUGACAUUCGGCUUGUAUGUUGACGAGCUGAUUGAGAGAGCGGACCCGCAACAUCGCGACACAGCCACCCUCUUCCGGGAGCUCAUUGGGGAACCAUUUGGUGUAGAUUUUGGCAUGAACACCCCGCGGGCGGAGUUCCACCGUACGGCGCGGCUCCAGACGCGCUCCAAGGCCCAGUUACUCAUGGACGCCCUCACCUACCGCCGAUACCUGACGCCCAUGUCCCAGAUCGUCUUUACACCAGACUCCAUGAUGGCAAAAUCCGUCGCCCCUAUUGUCGAAUAUGCUCAGAGUACAGAGACUCUCAAUGAUCCGGCCGUAAGGGAGGUGACCGUUUCAUCCUGCUCCGGUACGGGAACCGCACGGGGACUAGCGAAGAUGUACGGGAUUUUAACGAAUGGUGGUACGGAAGAUGGCAAAACUAUACUGUCACCCAACAUGAUGAAAAGUCUAGCAACGCCUUUGCUGGUUGGUAAGGACGUUGUCAUGUUAACUGGGGAGCAGUCACAGUUGGGUCGAGGUACCCUAUACAGAAAAAAUCCUAAGGGCCAACGGUGCGUCGGACACACGGGGUUUGGGGGUCAGGUUGCCAUAGGCGACCUUGAGAACGGGCUGGGCUUAUCGUACCUGACCAAUCACCUGUCAAUAAACGGUGUAGGGGACGAUCCAAGAUUCCGAGAUGUCGAGGAGGCGCUUUAUGAAACCAUAGACAGAAUACAGAAGAAUUCUUAGGGAUAUAACACAUUAUCUGUUUUCAAGAUUGUUUUGCAAGCAACUGGUGCUAUUUUAUUGUACGGACGAUCUCGACCAGGCGUUUAGAUAUGGUUUUGUAGAGUUACUGUAUUGUGAUGUAAGAGCUGAACCUAUAAUUUUUAAUCGAUUGAUUUACGACAUAAUUAUUCAUUUGAUCAAGGUAAAGCUUUGAAUGCACAAUAUGUCAAAGGCGACAGUAAAAUCGAUUGCCUCUUAACCUUUGUGAUACUUGUACGGUUAUUUGUUUAUGGUCUUACAUGUUUAAAUAUACCCUUGUUAUUGUUCGUAUACAUGUAAGUGCUCGUACUCGUGUAAGUGUUCGUUCAUGUGCAGGUGUUCGUAAAUGUGUAAAGAGAUCGUUCAUGUGUAAGCGUUUUUAAGUGUAUGUGCUCGUACUCGUUGAAGUGUUUGUUAAUGUUAAAUUGUUCGUACGAAAUGAGCUAAUUACAGAAUUGUUGGAAACAAUUUUCAAGGUAUCUCAUGUUACACAAUGUAUAUUUUAUUUAUGUAUCCUGGUGCAGACAAACAUAGCGUUUUUCACAUUUCAUGUUUUUCAUCAUGUUCAAAUCAAGAUUUUAAUGUUAUUAAAAUGCAUGUUAUAAUGUUGACGUAACUGUCAUAUGUAGACUGUUCCAAAUAGUAACGCGGCAUCUGAACUGAGAGUUAAAGGCACAAAGUAUGCACCAGAUACUCAGUUAAUUCACUAGGUCCUAUUAACAGCACACUGUAAUAUCUUAUUAUGUAUUUCCUUGUCUGAUAUACUCAUACUGUCAUGUUAUCACGAACUUGGUUCUUUGAAAUAAACUUGUAAACAUAA